UAUAAAUCUCUUUAAACAAAAUCUCUGGUCAAACCUCACUUUUUUUGAAGGUUCUCGAAAACCUUGCAACGUGCAACCUUGUGAAAAGUUUGGAAAAUUAUAUUAUUUCGUUAUGGCUACUUAUAAUUUUAAGAAUAUAACUGUUGUACCUACAGCAAAAGAAUUUGCUGAUAUAAUAUUAUCCAAAACUCAAAGGAAAACUCCGACAGUUGUUCACAAGCAGUACGCAAUACCUAGAAUUCGAAACUUCUAUACACUGAAGGUUAAGUUUUGUCAACAAUGUUAUCAUGAUAGACUCACUCAAAUAUUAACGGAAUUUCCAAAACUGGAUCAGAUACAUCCAUUUUAUGCUGAUCUAAUGAACGUUUUGUUCGAUCAGGAUCAUUAUAAAAUCUCUCUGGGACAAAUCAAUACAGCUAGACAUCUUAUUGAUAAUGUUGCAAAAGAACAUGUCAAAUUUAUCAAGUAUGCUGAUUCAUUAUAUCGGUGCAAACAACUUAAGAGGGCAGCUCUUGGCAGGAUGACCAAAAUAAUUACACGCCAAGCUCCCAAUCUUAAAUAUUUAGAACAAGUUCGACAGCAUUUGGCCCGAAUGCCCUCUAUAGAUCCUUACACCAGAACUAUUGUCCUAUGUGGGUUCCCUAAUGUGGGCAAAUCUUCAUUUAUAAAUGAAAUAACUAACGCAGAGGUGGAAGUUCAACCAUAUGCUUUCACCACCAAAGCUCUGUAUGUUGGUCAUACAGAUUUUAAAUAUUUGCGUUAUCAAGUAAUUGAUACACCAGGUAUUUUGGAUCAUCCUCUUGAAGAAAGAAAUGCCAUUGAAAUGCAGGCUGUAGCUGCAUUGGUUCAUUUACGUGCUUGCAUUCUUUAUUUCAUGGAUUUGUCAGAACAAUGUGGGCAUAGUCUUGAAGAACAAAUUCAUCUUUUUGAAUCAAUAAAACCAAUGUUUGUGAGGAAACCUUUAAUUAUAGUUGUCAAUAAAUCAGACAUUUUGAGUUUGGAAGAAUUAUCUCCUGAAAAAAGACAGCUUCUGGCAGUUUUUGAAAAAGAGAAGAUUCCACUUUAUGAAAUGUCAACGGUCAAUAAAAAUGGAGUGAUGGAGGUUAAAUUUGGGGCUUGUGAGACACUCUUGAGUUUCAAAGUGGAUGAGAAAAUGAAAACUAAAAAGGUUGAUGGAAUUUUGAAUCGUCUGCAUGUUGCAUUUCCUAAAACGAGAGAUGGAAUUGACCGUCCUCCUGUUAUACCCCCAAGUGUUAUAGCGAAAAAACAGGGAAAAGCAGAAAUCAGAAAAAGAAAACUUGAAAGGGAUCUGGAGGUUGAACUAGCCGAUGAUUAUGUUCUGGAUCUUAAAAAAUCCUACAGUGAAAUUCCUGAAGAUGAACGUUGGGAUGUUAUUCCGGAAAUGUGGAAUGGUCACAAUAUUGCAGAUUUUAUGGAUCCUCAUCUCUUUGAAAAAUUCGCUAAAUUGAAGGAGGAAGAAGCUCUGAGAGAAAGUACAGGAAUGUAUGAGGUGCCAAAAAUAGAAUUGGAUCAAAAUGCUAGAGAGAUUAAAGAGUUAGCACUCAAGAUCAGGCAUAAGAGAGCAAUUAUAAAAGAAGAAGCUAGAGUCAAUAAACAGAACAAAAAACCAGUCAUACCAAGAACUGCAGGUCCAAGAACCAGAGAUAGGCUACUUUCCAAGUUGAAAAAGAAUAUGGAAAAUCUUGGUGUUGAUAUGUCUGACACUAAGAAUGCUCACUUCACCAAGACUAAACAAUCUAAGAAAACAAUUGCUAAUAAAAUGAGGAUGGAUGUUGAUGAUGAUACAAAAACUAAGUUGAAGAAAAUUGUCAAACCUUCCAGGGGUGACUUGGGUAUCAAGGAUGCUGCUACAAAGAAGAAACUGGCCAAAAUCGCACAUCGCGCUAUCGCAAAGAAGGUCGCCAAAUACGGUCUCAAGGGAGAAGCAGACAGAUUCAUUGGAACAAAGAUGCCGAAACAUCUUUAUUCUGGAAAGAGAGGCUCUGGAUCUACAGAUAGGAGAUAAGAAUAACAUUGUGUGGUUGAAAUAUAAUAUAAAUAAAUUAUUCAAUGUU